GGUCCCUCAGGGGCAGCUCCUUCCCUCAGGGCUCGCCCGGCCCUUCCCUCAGAUCCCGCUCCUUCCCUCAGAUCCCGCUCCUUCCCUCAGAUCCCAUUCCUUCCCUCAGGAGCCGCCCGAUCCCUCAGGGCUCGCCUGAUCCCUCAGGGCUCCUCCGAUCCCUUCCUCAGGGCCCGCUCCUUCCUUCAGGAGCCUCCCGAUCCCUCAGGGCCCGCCCGCCGGCAUGAGCAGCGGCUCCCGGACCCGCGGCAGGAGGAGAAGGAAGAGGCCCGCCCGCCCCAGCCCGCCGUCCUCUGCCACCUCUGAGGGCGAGGAACCCCUCAGUCCCUCUGGCUGCUCCCCGCUCUCCUCCAGCUCCCCAAGCGGCCAGGAGGAGGAGGAGGAAAAGGAGGAGGAGGAGCGGGCGGCGGCCUUCUGGAGCGAUAGGAAGACUGAAGACUCUGAAGUCACAGGGAGCAAAAAUGAGUCACUUUUGAAAGAUAAUCUUUCACCAUGGGAAGAAUGGUUCAUUGGGAAAGAGAAGAAACUACGUGCUCGCUUAGAAGAUAGAGCUAAACAGAAAAUCAAUAUACAGCUUGAGAAGAUGAAACAAAAGCAAGAAUAUGAAAGGAGGAAAAGGAUAGCUGAAGAGAAGCACAAGGAAUGGGUCCAAAAAAAAAGAGAAGAGAAAAGAUGGGAAAGGGAACAAAAGCUGAGCAAAGAAAUGGCAGAAAAAGCCACAAGGGAACUAGAAAAAAUGCAAUUAAAAGAAAAGGCUGAAGUAAAGUAUCAAGAAUGGUUAAAGAAGAAAAGAGCUGAAGAGGCAGAAAAGAAGAAAAAAGAGCAGGAAAAAGAAAAAGAAAGGGAAUCUGAACUACAGGAGAAGAAAGAGAAAUCAGAGAAGAUCUUUAAGGAAUGGCUACAUAAUGCUAGAAAUAAACCACGCCCUAUUUUAGAUGGCUAUGGCUUCCCACCUGGGAAGUCUGCAGGCUAUUCUGAUGGAAAUUCAUAUCCAGUUCCAGCAUACUGUAACCCCAUUCCUUGGAAACCUAUACCUGUGCCUCCUCCAAAGGAAGAAAAUGGUCUUACCAUGAGGAAGAGCAGGAGAGCUGCAUCUUGUCAGCCACGUGUGUCUUCACGUAUGGUAAUUUAUAAGUCCAAGAACAACCCUUGUGUUGGAUCCUUGUGCAGAAAACAGUUAUAGUACAGAAAAUAAUGCUGUUUUAUGAUCUUGAGUGGACUGAGCCAUAAAUACAAAGUUCUUAAUGGUUAUAUGUCCAAAACAGACUGUGUCUUUUUAAUAUUUAUGAAGUUUUUUUUUUCAUUUACACUCAGAUUACCAAUCACCUUUUUACUAUGUUUUUUGUAUGCUGCAUUUUAGUUAAAAAAAAACAAAAAAACCAAACCAAAA